UGGAUCUUAUUCGUACCUACAUUUGACGGCAAAUGUUAAGAUGACAGGUCAGUGACCUAAUUGACCAACAAGGUUCCAUAGCCGAUGGCAUCAUUUUGACCGAAGUCCAGCGUUCCCUUUAUCAACGACCCUUCCCUGCUCGUUUUCUUUUCACGCUUUUUCUUCCUUGCUCUCUUUCUCUCUUUUCUUUCUUUGAAUGGUUUUGUUGCAGACAUGGCCGUGGAGCUCAUGAUGAGUUACAGGAACAGCAACAGCUUCACAACCAAAAUGGAAGAAAACGCAGUCCAAGAAGCAGCUUCCGGGCUGGAAAGUGUUGAGAAACUCAUCAGGUUGCUUUCCCAAACCCAGCAGCAACAGCAACAAAACAUUACUAAUCAGGAAAAAUAUCAAUCUUCUUCGAGCUCAACAAGAUCCUCCCUGGAUUUCGAUAUGGACUGCAAAGCUGCAGCUGACGUUGCUGUUUCAAAGUUCAAGAAAGUUAUCUCUCUUUUGGGUCGAACCAGAACUGGACAUGCUCGCUUUCGGAGAGCCCCUGUAGCGCCCCCAGCUGCUACAAAUACUACAACUAUUUCACCUCCUGUUAGCCAAAACCAAGCAAAUCAAGAGCUUGAAACUAAGGUUUAUUAUGCAACGCCGAUCCAGCAGAUUCCACCACCGGUUACUUAUCAUCCUCAUCAUCAUCAGGAUUUUUUAACGGUGAAAAGUGGGGUUUUAGAGAGGAAAGAUUCAUCAACAACCAUCAAUUUUUCAUAUUCUUCCGCUGGGAAUUCGUUUAUGUCAUCUUUGACCGGAGAUACUGAUAGCAAGCAGCCAUCUUCAUCGUCUGCGUUUCAAAUUACUAAUCUUUCUCAGGUUUCCUCAGCUGGGAAGCCUCCUUUGUCUUCCUCUUCUUUUAAGAGGAAGUGUAGCUCGGAGAACUUGGGUUCUGGCAAGUGCAGUGGCUCUUCUGGUCGCUGCCAUUGCUCUAAGAAAAGAAAGCUGAGAUCGAAAAGGGUUGUAAGAGUUCCAGCAAUAAGCCUGAAGAUGGCUGAUAUUCCACCUGAUGAUUACUCGUGGAGGAAGUACGGUCAAAAACCAAUCAAGGGAUCUCCACAUCCAAGAGGUUACUAUAAGUGCAGUAGCGUGAGAGGAUGUCCAGCUCGCAAACAUGUGGAAAGGGCUUUAGAUGAUCCAUCGAUGCUAAUAGUUACCUAUGAAGGCGAACAUAACCAUCCUCUCUCUCUUGCGGAAACCUCCAGUCUCAUCCUGGAAUCUUCUUAGACGAAGAAUUAAUAUUUUCUUUUGGACAAAAUCCCAGAAUUUCAUUGUCAUUUCCAACAUUUGACCAUGGGUAGGAUGAACAGUUUGUAGUAAAAAGUAGUACCAUAUCAAUCUGCUCAAGUUAUCUCGAAGGAGAUUUGUAGUGGGUUGGUUCAUUUCCCUGUAAAAUAUAUGGGAUUCCUCCCGAGCUUUCUUUAAUCUUUUCUUUGUUCCUCUUUCUUGAACGCUGUUAAUUAAAACCCAUUGUCAUUUGAAAGCAGAAAAAGAAAAAGAAAGGGAACAUGGUGCAUUUGGCAUUUAGAUUUAACAGUUAUCCAAGAAAGAAAGUGCGGUCCAAUAUCAAUCCAUGCCAUCUUUUGUUUUA